GCUCGCAUGCCUUUCCUCAUGCGUAUCAAAACAUAGGCGGAACAGCAGCCGGAGCUUCGGCCCUGUGCCAAAAACACACCAGUCGAGUCUGAGUCUGAAUGUGUGUUUGAUUUUGGUCUCGCCUCCGCCACUGUAAACGGCCACGACACCGCGGGGUCAGUUACGGAGCGGUUUAAAGUGCCCAGCUGAAGUGUCUUCAGUGAGCGGAGGUAUGGCAGAAGGAGGCUUUGACCCCUGUGAGUGUAUUUGCUCUCACGAACAUGCCAUGCAGAGACUCAUCAACUUGCUGAGGCAGUCCCAGUCUUACUGCACAGACACAGAGUGCCUUCAGGAAUUGCCAAGCCCUGGUUCUUCAACAGGGGGAGAUGUGACUCUGCCCUUGAUAAUUGUGGGCUGGAUGGUUCUGGCUAUCAUGAUAUUUCUACUGCGCCCUGCCAGCUUAAGGGGGCCCCGAACCUCCAACAAACCCACCGGCCCACCAGCCAAUCAUGGCAGAGAACCCCCAGCACCUCCAGUGGACUAGUGAUCAAACAGGGCUCCCGAGUUCUACCCACGGCCAAAAACUCUGACAUCUGACCUGAACUUUUGACCUGGCCCCAGUUUGACCGGUUACUUUUACCUGUUACUGUUUCUGUGCCGACGGGUAUCAUUUAAUAUUUUCUUCUUUCUUGUUUUUCCUCUAUCAGUUUUCUUAUCUGUCUUUACUUGGAUUGAGAGGUGUUGAGGUGGGAGAAGAAGUGAGAAGAGAACUGAAAGUAGUGUCUUUUUAUUUUUUUACACUUAGAUUUUGACUGGUGUCCUUUUUUUAAACAAACGUUUAAACAAACUUUCUCUAAAAACGUAGGGGAGUGUUUUUGAUAUAAAAUCGUGGCUUUAGAGCAUUUAAUAAAACAAGCUAUAAAUGUCGGUUGAAAGACACUGUGAAUAAUCCUAGAAAAGCAGAAAAGGUUUGAUUCAUUGUGAGGUUGCCAGUUACUAAUGUGUGUGUAUCUAGACUUGAGGGACUUUUGUGUGUCAUAAGUGUGGUUAGAAAGACUACUUCUCUGCGCAGGAUGGAGGGCAAAGUGCAUUCCAUAACAGCCAGGUCAUCCUGGACACUUCUGAUGUCAUUCAUGAGCUCAUUUGUGAGUGUGGGCUUUGGCACUUGAGGCAUACAAUUCUGUAAGCAAAAAUUGCUUUUCUCAGAAGGAAUUACAUGACUAGAGUUGCGCAAUAUACUUACACCCAUCAUGAUGUGAAUGCCAGAGUGAAGCCUAGUAUGAGAACUGUGUAGGAAUGACUUGGAUCUUGGGCCUUUGCUGUUGUCAUGGUUUGUGGUUUUCAGAGUUGAGGUCAAUGAUGUUUUAAUAAUCGAAGUCAAGGCUGACGACACACAAGUCAUCCUAAUUCAAAGCUGUACUGCAAAAAAAUUACAUCGUGGCAAGUGAAACCAUGCAAAAUGUAGUCAAUUUAUCAAAUACUUUGACAAUUACAUUUAGGGCUGGGUACCGAAAUUGUAUACCUUUACAGUAUCAACCAAAUUACUUGGAUAUUGCAAUAAAAAAAUUGUCAUUCAGUCCCAAAUUUCAGUUUCUUACUAGAAAGCCAGUCAUCAGUGAGUCAUAAGCAUACUUUUCUAAAAUGUAGACUGCUGAUUGGGUGUCUAGAUUACAUUGUUUAAGCACAUCAUUAAUAUUAUUGCCAAUUGAUUAGUCAGUAAUCCUUUAGUAAAUAGUAAAUAUACCCACUUUCAGCACCUCACAUUAAUUUCUGCUUUAAGCCACACCCACUCAAGAAAGUAAAAAAGUACUGGCCAAGAAUUAGUAUCAAAAUCAAUGUAUUGGCAUUGAUAUUGACCUAAAUAGUUUUAACAAUAUUUAGCAUUUCAACAUUUUGAAAUUGUUGUAUGAUUAUUCUACAUAUUUCUAGACAUUGUAUACUUGCUUUAAGUAAUUUUAUGAAUUUUUAUGUAGUGACAUUGUCUUAUUCUAUUGGUAGAUCAUUUUGAUUGUCUAGAGCAAUAUCUUGAAACAAGCAAAAUGAUCUGCCAAUAAGAACAUUGCACUACAUAACAUUGCAUAAAAAGUGACCAGCAUGUCGAAAUGGGGUGAAUAUUCUCAUUCUUUUACUCUUUCUCCUCAAACAGUUGAAUAUGGGAACAUUCUCUAAAGCUUAUCAAGAAAUCUUGCCUCACAACAGUUCUUGUGGGGAAAAAACAUAUAUAUUCAUGUUUUUAUUUAUUUUUUGUGUCUUUUGAAAAUACCAGUUGCCCUUUUUGACAAAUUUCUAGAUGAAUGGACCAAUAGAAAUGAUCGAUAAUUAUCAUGUUACGUUAACUAUUGUUAAAAUUUAGGAAAAUGUAAAAUUACCUUCUUGAGAUAUGAUGUUUUAUUUCAACAGUGACAAUAUGCUUUCUACUCCUGUAUAUCACUGGUGAGGAGCCAUUGCCUAAAAAAGUCACCUUGUUCUUGUAAACUUUAAAGUUACUGGCCUAAAAAUCACUUUUCACAUUGGAGGAACAUGGACUACAUGUAAACAUGUAUUUUGAAUUUUUGUGUAUUAUAAUCUCAGUAGUACGUAUUAAGAUAGCUUUGUCAUAUUAUCAGAAACUAGAGUGACUAGCGUCAGAAUCUCACACUGUGCUAAUUCUGUGUUCAAGAAGGUGAGCUUAAACAUAUAGAUCUCUUCUAGAACAGGUUAGAAAAGUCUGGGGACUAACUUCCUGCUGUCACAUGAAGUCUUGAGCACAUAUUCUAGUUAGUAGUUGGGCAUUGAUGAUUUUUCAAAAUAUUUUUCUGAAUGUCAUAGAUGAUUUUUUUUUUCUUAAUUUUUAGUUUGUUUAAAGGCAUAUUAGACACUAAAUUAUUGAUUGAUAAGUGCUUGAAUUGAACAUAUCUUCAGGAAUUGUGUUUGUGUGCCUUUCAAGUCCCAGAGGUCUAUGUAAUUCUUCUCCAGGCACAGUCUACUGUGUAUAGAUACUGUUUUAAAGGUACUGAGUGCUCUAAAGGCCUGAGGACACCGAUCUGACUAACACAAACAACCACAAAUGACAAAAACAUUUCUACUCAUUUUUGUUUGAUAGGGAAAACUAGACUGCCCUCUCUCCUUUCUCUUUGGUUGAUUUGGUUGGCUCAACAGUUCUGCUUGGUCAACCUAAGGAUAACUACAAACAUCUGAAUGAAGUUGGAAUGUUCUGUCAGUGUGUUCUAGCCUUAAGAGAAAGGGCUUCAACUAUGCACUUUUGGUUACUGCAAAUAAAGAUAACAGAUAUAUCUACAGUG